AUGGACAUCCGCCGCGCGUUCUGCGCGCCACCACAGAAGUCCUUGCGCCUGGCGAAGCAGGACGUGUUCGCCUGCGUGGUGAUUGCCCUGGUGGUGUUGAGAUCACCCGUGUCGACCCUGUUCGAGCGCUCGGGUGGAAUUGGAGGCAUGCACGCCGAGAUCGUGGAGGAGUUGGUUAGCGUCUUCUACCUGACGCUCAUACUCAUGUGCGUCGAGCUCUGCUUGCACAACCAGCUGGGGCCGCACUGCGCGAAUCCGACAGCGGACGGAGCGGCUGGCCUGUCGGAUCGCAUGGCGGUUGGCGAGGAUCGUUUGGCGGUCGUGCCUGCCUUGCGACUGGUAAACGCGAUGGUUUCCGUCUCCAUGUGA